UUUAGGGUUUCUCGUUCUUUUGGUACCAAAAAAAAAAUCUCCCUCCUUUUUUUGAUCAAAAAAAAAAAAAAGGAGAUUUCAUCUGAGUGAACAUAAUCCAAUAAUCCAGAAUCCCUUUGGUGCGAUGAACUCCGGUGCUGAACUUGACCCGAAUCUGCUUCCCCCAGUACCCAGUGCUCGCAAAAUUCAUUUAUUGCCGCCGAUGUCGAUGAAGAGGGAUUUCGUGGGUUCGUCAUCAUCAUCCUCAUGGAAAAGAACAAGGUUUGAUUUCGACGAUUCUGAGGUAUAUCUGCUUUAAGAUCUCCGUGAUGGUCCUUUUAGUUAUGUGAUGUACAAGCUUGAUACUAGUGCUAUCGGUAAUGAUCAUGAUGAGGGAAACGAUUCGACUAGGAUACUAAAUUUGAUUACUGUAUUCGAACUGCCUAGUGACUAGUGAGAAAUAUCCCGGCUGUAUGGGCUCUUUUGCCCUGGGCUCUAGGAUCUAUCUGUUCGGGGGUGAAGUUGGACUUCACCAUGAAGUUGAUUUCGUUCAUCAGGGUCGCAGCAGUACUCAACGCAUCUCCAAUAAAGUCUGUUUCUUUGAUACUGCGGCUUCCGUUUCCUCCUCCCCCUCCUCACCUUUAUCAGUGGCACCUCCGAUGCAAGGUGGGAAGAGGUCACCGCUGGCCAUUCACGUGCAUGGGAUGGUAUACGUCAUUUCAGAUCUGCCUAGCCUUCACACUUACUACCGUGAGGAGCAGCCAUUAUUCGAGGUUUUCGACCCACAGAGUGAUGAGGUUGAGGGAAAGUGGUCUCCUUUGCCCAGACCUGCUUUCUAUCGCCUCUCUAGUUACCACGAGAGCGAUGAUAUUAACCGUGUAGCCAUGAUUGUCUCGCAUGCUGUUUUUGGCAGUAGGAUUUUUUUCUUCACCAACAAGAAGGACCCAACGUAUGCUUUUAAUGUCAACUACCGCCGCUGGACAUCUUUGAAGGUCUACAACGGGUGUAAUACCCAUUUGCCCUUUAGGGAGGUAGUCACGCCAUUAUUUGACCAUGUGUGGGCUGCCAUUGAUACUUCUCCCUGCCGUAUGUCCCCCAUUAGUACUUUUGAUCUCUGCCAUUGAUACUUCUCCCUGCAUUAUGUCCCCCAUUAGUACUUUUGAUCUCAGACUAGAUUUUGGAUUGGUAGGGAGAGGUGUUGAAGGCCUCGAGAACCGUUAUACUCACACGCCUCCUCUGGCCUAUGGCAUUUACUACCAUCUCCUCGACAUAGGGAAUGGCUGGGUUUGUCUUCUCAAAUUUGGCGACGAUGAGGAGGGCUUUAUCGAAGGGAAGGCAUACGUUUCUGCUACCAUCUUUUGCCUUGCCAAAAAGCGCACGGAUAAGGUCUCUUUUGGCGAACAAAUUAUUGCCUGGGUGAACCGUUGCCCUCGCCCCCGCCGGGUGUCCAAAACAUGAUAGCAUUGUUGGAGAGUAUUUGGUGCUGAAGGACUCUGCAGCUCUUUGUUUGCCCCUGAGGUCGAAAACUUCAAUACAACUUAUGCCGCAAUUGGUUGCUACAUUAUGAAAAAACAAUCUAGUCUCUCUUAAUAUCCAGUUGGUCUUGGGGAAUAUAGCACGCAGUUAAUCUUGUAGUGCUGGUUUGAGUCGAGUUGGAGAGCUUGCUUAAUAGUGGUAAUGAAGUUUGGAUCGAUUAGGCAGUCUCCUUGAGUUUUCCUCACUGCGGGGACGCGGGAUCCCUCCUUUCUGUCUUUCUUUUAUUUUUCUGAAUUUAUCUAAGAACAUCAUGUAAUUAUAUGGUUUGAUGAGACAUGAUACCUAACUUAUCUAGCUAUCUUUUGUUGUCUGGGUAGCACUGGAUUGACAUUGUAUUAAUGUAUUAGUUGCUGAUAUUUUACCUUUUGCAUGCUAAAG